AUGGUUCGUAUGAGUGUGUUGGCUGAUUGCCUGAAGACCAUCGUCAACGCUGAGAAGCGUGGUAGGAGGCGCGUUUUGAUUAGGCCAUCAAGCCGCGUGAUUGUCAAGUUCCUGCUCUGUAUGCAGAAACACGGUUACAUUGGCGAAUUCCACAUCGCUGAUGACCAUCGCAGUGGCAAGAUUGUGAUCGAGCUUCUUGGACGCAUCAACAAGUGCGCUGUUGUGUCUCCUCGCUACAACAUUGCCCUCGACGACAUUGAGCAAUGGAGUUCUAACAUCUUGCCCAGCAGGCAGUUCGGUCACCUUGUGCUAACUACUGCCUACGGUAUCAUGGACCACGAGGAGGCCCGUCGUAAGCACACCGGUGGUAAAAUUCUGGGCUUCUUCUUUUAA